AGGCAAGCUGAUGCUAGUCUACCAGUGUCAAGAUAUUGUUCUUCCCAAGAAAUGUUGCAAUAAGUGAAAAUAGAUUCUGAUUCCCAAGUCAAACUAUUUUAUGAAGCCACCAUAUCACUUGACUUACAAGUUCACGCCUAGAUUUAAUUACCACAUGAGACAUAUGAGCAUAGAAUGUGAUACAGUUGGCAAUGAACCGGACAAUUUUUUUUUUUCCUUUUUUUCAGUAAGAAGUUGGAAAAUAUGAAUAGAGUGUGGAACAGUUGCUCCAGCCAGCUGCAGGACAAACAAUCUUUGUGGCGUGAGACUGUAAGAAAUCCUAGCCUCUGUCACAUUAGUGCAUUCAGAUCUCAAGCAUAAGGUGUGUGUGCAUUGUGGCCACCACCUGUGACUGCCCGUCUUCCUACUCCUCCUCCUCUUCCUCCUCCUCCUCCUCCUCUUCCUCUUCCUCUUCCUCUUCUUCCUCCUCCUCUUCCAGCUCCUCUUCCUCUUCUCGUUCCUCUUCUUUAUUCCCUUCACCUUUAUCUCGUUUUCUGGAGUCUUCAUCUUCCUCAGAUUCCCAUUUUCCAGCCUUUUUGUCUUCCUCCUCCUCUUCCAUUUCCUCCUGCUUUUUUUCCUCAACUGCGUCCCUACGCUCCUCUUCCUCCACCUCCACGGCACCACCUCGCUGCACCAUCACAGCCCAACAAAUGUUCGAUUGGGAGGAAGGGGAUCGUUUCUCCUUCGAGGACUCGGAGCGAUUUGAAGAGGACUCACUAUGUAGCUGGAUUAGCGAGCCCGAGUCCCUCGUCAACAAUUGGAGGGGAUGGAAGCGUUCAGAUAAAAUCGCCUGUCUCUUAUAUGGCCGCAAUAGAGAUCAAGAUGGCAGAGUACAUUCUCUCACAGAGAUGUGUGCCCGCACAGUGGCGGCACACAUCCCUUUUGAAGUGGUCGAACAGAUGAUGCCUCCUGUGCCAGAGCAGCUACAACUUCUUAUUGCAUUUUGGAGCUUCCCAGAAAAUGAGGAGGACAUUAGGCUCUACAGCUGCCUGGCCAAUGGCAAUGCCGACGAAUUUCUCCGAGGGGAAAACCACUACAAACACAAGAGCGUUCAUGAUCCGUUGCAGAUUGGAUUCCAUCUGAGUGCUACUGUAGCACCAUCAGCUUCUGGGACAAAGGGACAGUUCAAUGUAGCAGUAACAUUUGACAGGGGUAGGAUCACAACAUGUAAUUGUACAUGCUCUGCCAAUGCCUCCUGGUGUUCACACGUAGUUGCCGUCUGCCUCCACCGUAUCCACCAGCCCAACCAGGUGAAACUUCGUGCUCCCGUGAGUGAGUCCUUAUCACGGCUACAGAGAGAUCAGUUACAGAAAUUUGCUCAGUACCUCAUCAGCGAACUGCCACAACAGAUCCUGCCAACAGCACAGCGGCUCAUUGAUGAAAUCCUCUCUAGUCAAACAUCUGAUAUUAAUACAGUUUCAGGAGCACCAGACCCAACUGCUGGUGGAUCGGCCAACGAGCAAAUGGCCUGGUGGCUAGAUGAGAGCAACCUUCACGAGAAUAUUCACAAGAUCCUGGUCAAAUUUUGUGUGCCAUCUCCCAUUGUUUUUAGUGACGUUAACUACUUGAGUUCAACGGCCCCACCUGUAGCUGCAGAAUGGUCAUCUUUGUUGAGACCUCUAAGGGGAAGGGAACCCGAAGGCAUGUGGAACCUUCUCUCCAUAGUGAGGGAGAUGUUUAAGAGAAAUGAUCGCAAUGCCAUUCCCCUUUUGGAGAUCAUCACAGAGGAAUGCCUGGCUACAGAAAAGAUUUUGGUUUGGUGGGUAAAUACAAAGGUUGCCCUGCACAUGGGGAGUUCUGGGCAUGGUGGUAAGAACAACAUGAAUUCUAACAGCCAUGGAAGCCAGUAUGCGUGUUCAUCUCUCUGUGAUGAAAUUGUUGUUCUCUGGCGUCUGGCAGCACUUAACCCAGCUUUGUCACCUCAGGAGCGAGAGCAGCUUAUUGCCAAGUUCAAAGGCUGGCAUCUCAAGGUUUUAGAGAAGGUUGCCAAGAGCAAAGAAACAGGUACAAAUGGUGGAAGCGGAAGCAACAAGAGAGGUACUGAUGUUGAUGUGUUCCCAGGGUUCAAGCCAGCAAUAGAGCCUUGUUACCUUGACUGGAAUGAUUACCCUCUUCCUGGAGUAACAUAUUCUCACACAGCUUCUCGAUAUUAUUGUCCUGUCAUGCGGUUUAGGCAUGAUUCUCGACACGAGUCACAAGCAGCACCCAUCUCUGCACCACACCCAAGAAACCCUACAUCACAUGCUGGGCCAAAACGGCCUUCAGAGCGGCGUGUGCUUAUCAGCUCUGGAAAUGCAGGUGACAAAGAGAAUUUGGGUGCUGGUGUCUCUUUGGCAGGUCAUAGACACAGUGGUCAUCGGAGCAGUAGUGUUAGUAGUGAAGGCUUUUGUGACAAUGACCUAGGCCGUGACAGUGACUCUCCACCAGAUCAAAGGUCACCUGAACAGGUUGACUCAGGCCAGGUGUCCCGCCAGAGCUCAAGAGAGGAUCGUCCCAUGGGAGCUCUAGGUCUGGCGGCAGCCUUUGAUCGUUCAAGAGAUGAUAGGGAUAAGUCAUCUCCUGAUGAUGGUGGAGCAGAGUCUGACUGGUCUGGUGGAGCAGAACCAUCCAGAAACCAGAGAAGUAGGGCAGGGAGUAGAGGGCAGCGUUCCAGAGACCAGAAUGGAGCAGAUGAAUAUGAUGUAUAUGUGUAUAAUGCCAAUUUAGUUGGGGAUGGAAAUAGUGUAAGUGAUUGUAGUGGGGCUGAAAGAGGAGCAGAAAUUUUCAAUAACCUGAAAAAGUUUGAAGAUCCCCUUGAGAUACUAUUUGCUCGUGCUGAGGGUCUGCAUGCUCAUGGACAUUUACAAGAAGCCUCUGGACUGGCAGUACAACUAGCACACGAGCUGCUGGCUAACCCUCCAAACCUCAUGAUUGAGCUACCACCACCACCCAGCAAAGGGAAGCGUAAGAAGGUAAACCCAGCAUCACACCAUCUGACUUGUCUAGCUUCAGCCACCUUGAGUAAAUGUGCCUUCCUCUGCACUGUCCUGGCAGAAAACCCUGACCACACACACCUGGCUUUCCAAGUUGCCAUGUUCGGUUUAGAAAUGGCACGACCUCCAGCAUCCACUAAGCCACUGGAAGUGAAGCUAGCCAACCAAGAAAGUGACUUGGUUUUCCUCCUGAAGCGCUUGCUUCUCGGUCCACUAGAAUUAGCUGUAAUCAGAGAUAAGGCUGAGAAAAUGCGAUCAGGCACUCUCAAGUCUCGUGGCGAAGCUCUCCUGCCAUUAAUGCUUGCUUCCUUCCUUUUUGAUGCUCUAGUCAUUACUGGAAAUAACAAAAGUACAGUUGGAGGUCAAAGUUACCGUCAGCCACAAGAUGAAGCUCUAGGCUUUGAUGCAGCUGUGGCAGCCAUUGGCAUGAAAGCAAAUGUGUGUGAAGCAGAUCACCCACUCCUCUGUGAGGCCACAAGAAGACAGAGAGGAGAGUUGGCUCUCACAUUGCUGACACACUAUAAGGAUGACCAGGACAGACUAGCUCGUAUCAUGGACAAGCUGCUAGACAAAGAGGUGCACCAGAUGUAUAAAGCACCUUCUCUGCCCACAUACUAUGUGAACAAUGUGCCCAAUCAGCAAACAAGUACUAGUGGCCUUGAGAGUAAUGAGGCAAGCAGCAGCAUUAGAGUGGCAGAUUCUCCAGCAGCAGGGGCAGUCAGCAGCAGCCCUAUGCCUGGUGUAGCAGCAGGAGCAGUAGCUGCAGCAGCACCAGCCAUACUAGGAACCCCACCAUCAGCACACCCAAGCAACCAAGCACCUGCACCUGUACAACAACAGCAACCAACAGUACAGAGAGACAGGCAUAAUGCAGGUGGAGCAGAGAUAGAGGGUUCCAUGGCUGGGCUUAGCCUCUCUCCAUCCCAGCCUGUAGGAGGAGCAAGAGCCAAGGAAGGGACAUCAUCCGCUAGGUUUGUGGAGGGCGAGGAAGGGGAAAGCCCAAGCUGGGAGGACGACUAUAAAGCCUGGGAGGAAAAAUGUGCUGGAAAACAGCGCAAGAAACGGAAUCAAGCGUGUACUUUAGAAACUACCUCAACGGGUGUAGAAGUGAAACUUAACUUGGCAGAUAACUCUCCCACCUCUGGUCGAUGUGCAGGAUGGAUCAAGUCUACAGGCCCAGGCUCAGACUCUGGCUCUUCAGGAAACUCCUCGGACAGCAUUGUGUCCUCAUCAAGUGGGGAUAAAAUCAGUGGACUUGAGGCAAAUAAACCUGUGGAAUCGCCACCACUCGGCUACCCAUUGGUACGACCUGUUCCCCAGAGGCCACAGCCUACCUAUGGGAAAGGUGUGCGUUUCAAAGGCAAGAGAGCUUAUCCUACCGUGCCCAACCAGCCCUCCGAGGCUAGUGCUUAUUUCAUGUUCGAGUUGGCCAAGACUGUGCUGAACAGAGCUGGAGGAAAUAUUAGCACAUCACUGUUUACUCAGCCAAGCAGUUCACAGAACCACAGAGGGCCACAUCGACCACUCCACAUGUGUGCAUUCCAAAUUGGCCUCUAUGCCCUUGGCCUUCACAAUUGUGUCAGCCCCAACUGGCUUUCAAGAACAUAUUCCUCACAUGUUUCAUGGAUUACAAGCCAAGCAGUGGAAAUUGGAUCACCAGCAGUUUCUUUUCUAAUUGAUACUUGGGAGGGCCAUCUAACUCCACAAGAAGCAGCAUCAAUAGCAGACCGAGCAUCAAGAGGUCGUGAUGCUGCAACAAAAUUCCUGUCAGCUUUCAUGCCUCAUGCUUUGAACCCUAAUGAGAUUCAGAGGGCUAUCAUACAGUGUAAGGAGCAAAGUGAUGAAAUGCUUGAAAGUGCUUGCUUUGCUGUUGAGGGUGCAGCUAAAGGUGGUGGUGUAUACCCCGAGGUCCUGUUCUCUGUGGCACGGCGCUGGUAUGAACUUUAUGAGGCCCGGACAAGACACCAAGCCCGUCAUCAAGCAAGGACUUCAGGUGGCCAACAUGCUGGAGAUGUCCCAUUUGAAGAUCCUGGCGCCCCACACAAUCUCCCACUUCCUCCACCUCCACCACUAAAUCCACCUACACCACCAAACCAGCAACAGCAACAGCCACCUAUUCCUCCAAUGGAUGCACAGUCUCAACCUGGGUUGCAUCCACCAGUUUCAGUAGGGAUGAAUGGAAAUGGUGGUGCAGGUGCAUUACCUGGUGUUGCAGGCUAUCCGGUUGCAGCCCCACCUUCCUCGGUGCCAUAUGCCCUCACUGGCAUUCCAUACCAGCUGGGAUAUAAUUACAUUCAGGGCUUGCCAACAAGUGUAUCAUGCAUCAACCCACAGAUGCCCAUGCCGAUGUAUAUCCAGCCACCAGGUGUACCUUUCAGUGGGGCACAGGGGGUGUCUCAACCCCUCAUGCCUCCUCCUUCCAUGCAGUACUUCCCUCCAGUGUCUAUACCCUCAACUCUACCCCAGAAAAUUUUGACUUCAAAAUCCAUCCACGAUUUGGCCGCCUCACGUCAUUACAGCAUAAGGCAGAUCCUGGAUGCUACCCCAAGGUUCUCAAAAGGUACUCUGCCAGGAGCAGGAGGCAUGGGAGGUGGUCUCCCUGGAGGACAACAGAAUUUAGGACCCCAGCCUCCUCCCUUAGGUGCAGGACCUCCACCUUUGCCACAGCAGCCUCCUCUGAUACAGGGCAACACACCUCCACAGCAGGGAUUUUAUCCACUGCCGUACUCCAAUGCGGUUGGAAAUGGAGGUGUAUCAACUGCAGGUUUCAUAGGAGCUCAGCCAACUGCCCUCCUCUCUUGGGUUAGAGCUCAAGGCCCUCACAUGGUCCAACCUUCCCCUCAUCAGCCCCAGCUGCCUCCACCACCUACCUCACAACCACAGCAACAGGUCCCUGGACUUGUUGGUGGCCAGCAGGUGAACAAUAAUGGAUCUAUGAAUUACUUGUUGAGCACAUAUCGCGUGGGUAUGUUGGCACUGGAAACUCUGGGCAGGAGGGUCCAUGAUGACAGACCACAGGCAAAGUAUGCCAGAAACCCACCCUACGGAGAAGAUGUCAAGUGGCUUCUGGGAGUGGCCAAGAAGCUUGGUCAACAGUAUCUUCAUCAGUUCUGAUGUUCGGUGAAUAGUGUGGUUUCACCCUUCGUGCUUCAGGAACUGUCUGUUGAGUCAGCUCAGUAUCUAGCUCGGCACUCACCAGCCCUCUUCUCACAGCAGCUCCGUUCUCCAAUUCUGCAACCUCUUGUACAGAAAUGUCAACAGAUGUUCAUCCAAUGUACCCACCUCAAGAUGUAUUACAUAACCCCAACUGAAUACGACGAGUUUAUCUCCAUCAUCCGGGCUGCCCGGUCUGCCUUCCAAAUGACGCCAGGUGGAAUGGUACAGUUCAAUGAGCUACUGCAAGCAUUGAGAAGGUCAAAGUCAUGCAAGAAGGAAUUGUGGACCAGAAUCACAAAUGCACUGCAGCAGCCAACUCCUGUAUGACCUCAGGCCAGCUUAGGACCUGCGGGAGAAAGCUGGGGAAGUCCUGCCAUGGUGAGACGAGGAGCAGCAGCAUCCACAGACUAGGACAGGAUGUAGAAGACUUGCUUAUUGUGGAAAAUUUGGCAUACGCAAGCUACAUGCGUCUUUGGUGUACUGUGACUGGAAUUCCUUUGUGUUGAUUAGGGUGUUUGUGUGUGUUUCUCUUUCUCACUUCAGAGGUUGAGAAGUUGACUUUGCCUCAUAGUUUUCUGUAAAAUAUUGAUGUAAUGAGACUUCCAAACAGAGGUGGCUGCCACUUGUGAAAGUGAUGUGUUAGGGUGAGAUUGUCUAACCCCCCAAAAAAAUUAUUAAAAAAAAUAAAAUAAAAAAUACAUGUACAUAAAUAUAUAAAAAAAAAUACUAUAACAAGGAAUUUUUUAAAAGUAAGAAAGUAUGAAAGGAAUAAAAUAUAUGAAAAUGUACAGUUAAAUCCUUUUUUCAGCAUCAUGGAAGUAGACCUUAAAAGAAUGACGAUAAUAGAAUUACAUUUAAAAAGUGAUACAAGGAUUGAUUACCUAAUGAUGUAUAAAGGUUUGAGGAUAUUCAAGAAUACAUAAUUCUAUGUAUGCAAAAGAUUUUGUUGAGUGCACAGGGUAGGACACUUUUCAGAAGAGGUGGGGAGAGCAGCUGCUUCCAUAUAGGAAAUAAUAGUGACCACUAACAUUUUCUUCAUAGACUGUCAGACAUAAGUCAUUAGUCAGCACACCACCACAGAUAAGUCGGCGAGAAUUGUGCGCGUUUCAGUGUCUUAAGAUUCUUCCUACGGAUUUGUUCUGGAAAUGGCAAUCCCAAUGAAGAGUAAAUCAAUGAUUGAAGAAAAGAAAGAUGGAAGGUUUGCGAAUGGUUCCAUUUGAAGAAUGCACUAAUGGAUAAGGAUGUGAAUGUGACAACAGGAAAGUUUAUCCACUUAGUGAAUAAUAGAUGAUGGAUGGAUAUCUUAAUACUUUUCAGCAUAAUUAGAUAAUGUGUGUAUGUCUGUAGUGUGUAUUUAUGCAUGUGUAUGUUUCUUCAUACAUAUGUUAAAAAAUGUGUAUAUGUGAAUUUACAUGUGCAUGUUUGUGUGUAUUUGUUUGUGUACACAUCUGUGUAUCCUCUGCACACACAUGCAGGUGCACACAUACACAUACAUGUAUACAUAAUACACAUGCAUACAUGUUUGUACACAUACACAUAUACACAUACAGAUAUAUAUACAUAAACAUUUUCAUAAAACUUACACAUAUUCAUAUGCUUAUACAUACAUACAUACACACAAACACAAAUCACACAAAAUCAGUUACAGUCACAUAUAUAAAAGCACCUAGAAAAUUUACAAAAAGCACUCAGUGGAAAUUAUAUUUGUCCAAAUAUAUUGAUUCUUAAGGAUAUAAUUGUAAAGGCUUAAAAGUAAGCACUACAUCUUUUAUCAUCUUGAAUAACUGGAGAUCAUUUUUCAAAAUGAAAUUUGCUGUACAUUUUUUUUAUAUUACUGUGAAUAGUUUAUGAUUUUUUCCUUUUCUUUUUUCUUUCUUUGUUUGAGCUUGAGAUGAUUUUUUUAGCCUUUUCUACUGCUUCACUCUUCUUUCAUUUUUCUUCCUCUUCCUCUUUUUCUGCAUCAACCUUUUAAUCCUUUAUCUUCUUCAAUCUCCGUUUCCUACUUUUCCUCCUCCUCCUCCUCCUCUUCCUCAGUCUCCCCAUCCUACCUUUUCCUUGUCCUCUUCCUUAUUUUCUUUUUUGUACUUUUCCUCCCCUUCCUCUAUCUGUUCUUCCUCCUUCUCUUCUCUUUCUUCUUAGCAAUGCACUUCAUUGAUGAAACAUUCUCUGACUUAAGGCAAUGUCACUUCUGUCUUAUCUGUAUAUAAUAUUAAUUAUGUGUGUGUCUUCGUCCACUUAACUAGCCAGUCAGGGGACACUCAAGUCCUGAUCUCACUAGAUUGAUAAAGAUAUUAGCUUGAAGUUGUUAGUAUGUUGAGGGCGUCUGAUUGGUAGAUAAAGAUAACGCCUACAGGGUCUUUGUCUGUGGGAUCAUAUAUUUCAAAUACACUUUAGCAAGUUUGGUCAUUUUAUUGUUUUAAUGCCACAAUUCCACUCAAAAAAAGAAAAAAAAAAAAAAAAAAGAUACUGGCCUAUGCAGUCUUCAGUUAUUAUGGUUUUGAUAAUUUUAUAGUUUCUCUAUCAUCAUUUUUUUUUUUUUUUUUAUGUAAAAAUGGUGGAAAUACAUGUUGCACGUUGCUAAAUGUUGUUGGAAAAUAUGGUUCCCAGUGUUUGGUUCAUAUUUAUUGAUUAUUAUAGUAGUAUUUAAAACAGAAGGUAGCUCUCAAAAGUCUUGGAAAAAAAUGUAUUUGAUCUCAUGUCAUGUAGAUGUAGGGAUUUUUUUUUAUAUAUAUAUAUGUAUAAUUUCUUCUCAUCUGUUAAAAGAUCAGUUCUGAGGAUGACCCAAUUGUGAGCAUUCAGAUUCUCUAACAGUAUGUAGUUCUAACUCAUAUUUGUCUGCAGAACAUUUUAUAUAAGGAAACCGUUUGACAGAGUUCAUUAUUAAUUGCUUUUGGCUUUUAGAUGAGAUGAAAUCAAAUCAGUUGAUGGUAGAGCCACAUGCAUUUUAGGGUUUAAUAAGGAUGAAAUAUCAAAGUGAUGUCAGUGAAAUUUAUAUUCUGGUUUGCAUAGUUAUUGCUUGUUUACUCCUGUCUUUGUUUCUGUUUGUAUUUUGUUUUCUCUCGUACAUACUCUUUCUCAGUUUCAUGAAAAUUAUUGAAGUUCAUUGGCCAUGUGAAAGGCAGCUCGUCUUGUAAGAAAAGUAGCUGUAACAUUUUCAAUGUCUGCAGUCUUUCUGUAUGAUGCUUUAGAAUCAUAUGUUGUUAGUACCUAAAUGCUAUGCAGAAUACUUUUCAGCUCUUUGGUAUGGCUGGCUCGCUCUCACAUGUAGGUACAUUCAGCUAGAAAUUUCAGAAUUUAUAUAUGUUUUAUAUAAAGAAGAACUUCAUGUUUAAGGUUUUUCCAAGUUAAAAGUAAGAGUUUUACCACAUAAUGCUUUGCAUUUGCUAAAUUUUUACUUACAUCUUCUGACAUUUUUGUAAAAAUCUGGAAUUAUUAUUAUUAUUAUUAUUUUCUACUUUUUUCUAUAUUGUGUCAGUCAUCUGUGACUGACAUGUCUGCAAUAACUCAAUCACUGAAUUUCUUCCUAUUUCAUACAGGCAGGAUAGUGCCUUGUGUGGAAUGGGACAGUUUUUUGUACAAUAAAAAAUUCUUAUAUAGUCAAGAAAGUUUUGUAAAAUGUAAAGGAGCUAAAUUCACCACAUUGUUGGCAGUCCAGGACAGAGAGAUGACCACAGACAUUGGUUGUUUACUUUACAGCAUACUUCGAAUUCUGAAAUGGCAUUUUAGUACACAUAGAAUGUUGAUGAACUGGAGAAUACCCAAAGUUCUUCUGUCAAAGGUUUUUACUUUAUGAUAAUUUGGUUAUAUUUUAUUUAUUACUAUAUUAUUGUAAUAAUUGUCAUUAUUGUUGGUAAUAUUUAUCUGUGUAUUUAUUUUUUUUAGGCCAUGUUUAAUUUCAGAGUUCGGAUAUGUGUGGCAAGAUCAUCAACUUUUAAGCCAUAGAGAGCAUUUGUGCUGCUUACAUUAUUAUUUAUUGCAUUAUAUACAGGAAAGAAUUCCUGAUAAAAACUCCUGUGUAGCUAAAAUUUGGUGACCCUGUCUGAUACAGGAGAGGAGCAGAAGAUUGUAGGUCAGAAUGAAUUGAAGGUACAAUACAUAUAUACAUAUAUAUAUAUAACAUUUGUAAACUGUGAAGUCUAGCUAUUAGAUGAACUUGAUUUCCACUUUUAUCAAAUCAAAGUAGUCCUGCGCUUUUGAGAAAAUUUUUGAACUAAAAUACAUUUAAGUUGAAAAAAAAUCAUAAACAGAUGUUGAAUUAUUUUUCAAAGAUAUAUACAUUUCUAUGUAUUUAUGAAGAGUACAAUUAAACUGUUAGAUGUCACAGAAACUGUAUAGCUAACUUUGUAUGAUUUUAACCACAAAUAUAUAAAAUUUCAUUCUGCCUACAUGUAUAAACUCAGGUGUAUUAUAGGCUAUUUAUAUCAUCUCUUUCUCCUGUUCUAUUGCCAUUAUUUCUUAAUUGUCUCUAUUAGCUUUGUGUCUGAAAGCUUGCCUAAUUCAUUUUUAAGUUUAGUGGUGUUUCAAUAGGAAAUUUGGGAAGAAGCCAUAUUGUAACUUUUAAAUGUUUACUGUUUUUGUGUACUGAUUAUAUUAAAAUAUUAAGGAAAAAAAGAAAAAAAAAAGGAAAAAAAGAAAAACAUUAUUUUUAUGUAACUGCAUGUGUAUCUAAUUCUGCAGGAUUGGAUAUUAUGGAAGUCAUUUUUCUUUAUUGGCAGUAAGGUUCCAUAAGAUUUUCUCACUGUCAUGAAAUCCUUCUGACAUUGUAAGGAUAUAACUUCCAUCCCAAAGCCUGCAGUUUUGUCCCCUGUCUGGCUUGUCUGCUCUGUUUCGUAGUGUUUUCAUUAUUGAUAACUUUUAAGAUAUUUGCAUUUAAUACUUAGGAGUGGAUUAGGUGUCUUGUUUAACCUUUUCAAUAGAAAUAAUAUGAAAACAUUAUUUUUUCUAAAUGAAUAUGAUAGAAUACGCAUUGUUGAGACACAUUUUGAAAAUGUGGCAUAAACAUACACCAUGAAUGGUUUUGCAACAUUCAGGUAUUUUUUAAUGUGAUAUGUACUAUUAAGAGUUUCACAUAGUGAGAUUUUGAUGUCACUGAUAGAAGCAGACAUGUUAGAUUUUUGAAUGAACUCUGUUAGAAUCUACAGGAAAUCAGUGUGUGUUUGGUAGAAUAGUUAAAGGGAAACAGGGCUAAGCAGGCCGGGAGGAAAAUAAGAAGUCUGUAGACAAAGGUAAUAAUUAAUAAAAGAUAUGAAGACUU